ACCCGAAAGUUGCCUUUCCCCGUCGCGCCCAUCCAAAGAUGGUGACACGGACGAAGAAGAUAUUUGUGGGCGGCCUCUCGGCACCCACAACGCUAGAAGAUGUCAAGAACUACUUCGAGCAGUUUGGCAGGGUAAGCGCAGGAGCGUCUUCUGGCAGCAACGGCAGAUCUGUAAUUGAGGAUGCGAUGCUUAUGUUCGACAAACAGACCAACAGACACAGAGGCUUCGGUUUCGUGACCUUUGAGAGCGAAGAUGUUGUGGACAAAGUCUGUGAGAUUCACUUUCACGAAAUCAACAACAAGAUGGUGGAGUGCAAGAAGGCCCAGCCGAAGGAAGUAAUGCUGCCGACGAGUGUUGGUCGCGGACGAGGAGGCGGGCGCGGCGGCUACGAUCUAGUUUGGUCGCUGGGAGCUCUCCCUGAUGGUAUCCAGGCAGCCGCUUACGCCGCCUAUGCAGGUCGUGGUUAUGCCAGUUACCCGAGCUUUGGGUUUCCUUAUCCAGCAGGCCUGACUGCCGCCAUACCCAUCAGAAAUGAGAGUCAAAGCUCCAGCAAAGGCCUAGCCUCGAAUUCGGUUGCCCCAAUUCGCGCCGUCCAUGUAUUGGCACCUGGCUUCCCGGCCGGUUGUGGAUACUUCCCCUCAGCCACGGGCGCCUCCAUCACGGGCGUCUCUCCACAAACACCCACGCCCGCGGACGGCUUCAAGGCAGCGGCUUACUACGAGUCCGGAGCGGUAGCCACGCCCACCCUCACGCCCACGGCACCCAUCACGCCAACACUGACGGGAGAUGUGACAGAGGAUAUGUUACAUUACCACCUGCAGGCUGAACGUUUGGCAGCAGCUGGCACCUACUACGACUCGGGUGCCCUCGCUGCCGUCACCAUGAGCGGCUCCGGGGGUGACCAAAGGGCGCAGCAAUCCAUCCAGGUGACCGCGGCGGCCCCCGGCGCUCCGCACACCAGGGCCGACCACAUCAAUUCCUCCCCGAUGCUUAGAACCACAGUGAUGAACAGCUUCCCCCAGGGGUACGGCCCCCCUACCUCCCCUGCCACCGUGACUAGCAGGGGCUUCGGACCGGCGGGAUCCCCUGGGCCCAUGGACGUCUUCUCGGCCGCCCCCGGGGACACCACCGUGGGCUACGUGCAGGCGGCAUCACCCCAGCCGUCGUCCUUCCCCGUCGCCGUCAACAGGGGGCCCCUCAUAGCCGCCUAUGCGAAUGGAUAUCACUGAGGAAUAGAUCAUGGUACGUAG